AGCCUUCCUCGGACUAGGACAUCCCUCCUGCAAGGCCCUGGAGCCUGUCCCACACAGUUCCUCUUCGUUGGCCCCCGUGCACCUGUAGCCUUAGCCCAGAGAUAUUUAAUUCUACCACCUCUUCGCUUCCCAUCAUACUGUUCUCUGCCCUGCUCAUGUGUGUUCAAGGGACUGAAAAAGCACGUCACCGCGGAACAGGAACAAGAGGAUGGAGAAUGAUACAGAGGCACUUGACAUCGACAAAAGGAAGCAAUAGAGGCAGGCUCCAAGACAAAUGAGGAAGGCCUCAGAUGUGCAGAAACUGACACCCACCCUGUAAGUGGAGUGGGUCUCCAGGUCGACAGGGUGGAGGCACCCCUACAAAAAAGGACACAGCCACAUGACCACCUCCCCCCGCAGCUUAUUUCUGGCUGCACAGUGGUUGUCAAAGGGAGGAAGGGUCAGUAAAAUGGAGUUGAAGGCAAAGUUGUAAAGAUGGCCACAGCCCCUGUGGUAUUUGUUGGCUCUGGGGUAACAAGGAUGUGAUGCAGUGAGACAGAGGGGGCACACACAGGCUCAAAUGAAGGUCAUGCACCUGACCCCAGUUACACAGAGGAGCAGCAGGGCAGCUCAGGCUGUUCAGUGCUUAGACUACAAGCAGUACAGAGCGCUGGCACCAAGCUGGGUCACCUCCAUCCCAGCAGAUGUAGCCUGUGCUGAAGUUUCUGCAUUCAAAAGUUCAUUUUGAGCUGGGCGCGCCCUCCUCACGGGAGAGAAGUCAGUGAAAAGGGGCAAGAAGGGAAAGGCGUGUGCAAGAGAAAAAAAAAAGUGUGAUAAAUGUGAAAUCUGAUCCUGAGCCAGGAAAAGAGUGUGCAGCCAAGAGACCCCAGGGUACAGCUCGGGUCUCCACCAGUCAUGUGCAGCUGAGCGAGCAGAGGGCCUGCGGGACAGGAUACAAGACCGCCCAUGGAGAACUCGGUGGCGCCCUGUGUCCUCUACCCGGGGGACGACUGCGUCCACGGGACCGAGCCUGGGGCUCCGGGCGAGGACAGCCCGCCUCUGCGGGCCGCAGAGGAGGAGGGCGUUGCAUCCCCGGCGGCGCAGACACCCUGCAGUCUGAGCGCGUCCCUGUGCUUCAGCUCCGGGGAUGACUCUCCGCCGCAGUCUCUAGCCUCGGCGGCUGAGGGCGACGCAGCCUCCCCUCCCUCCAGCCGCACCGAGCAGCGCGUGGUGGAGACGCAGUGGGAAGUGAGCUGCGCGGGCGCCGCGUCGUCCCCCGAGGAGCGCGCGCGCCCGGAAGAGCCCGCGUCCCCGGAAGAGCCCGAGUCCCGCCACGAACGCGCGCGCCCCGUGGAGUCCGAGUGCGUGGAAGAACUCGGGGAGCCUUUGCCCUGGUCGCUCGGGGUCGGAUCCGCUCACGGGGAGCCCGAUUUGGUAAUCGAGGUGUCCGGUCACCGGCUGCGGGCGCACAAGGCGGUGCUGGCGGCGCGCAGCGACUACUUCCGUGCGCGCGCGUCGCGGGACGUGCUGAGGGUGCAGGGAGUGAGCUUCGCGGCGCUGCGGCUGCUGCUGGCCGACGCGUACAGCGGGCGCAUGGCGGGCGUGCGGCCCGACAACGUGGCCGAGGUGGUGGCCGGAGCGCGCCGCCUGCAGCUGCCCGGGGCCGCGCAGCGCGCCACCGACGCCGUGGCGCCGCAGCUGAGCCUGGCUAACUGCUACGAGGUGCUGAGCACCGCCAAGCGGCAGCGGCUCAACGAACUGCGCGACGCUGCCUACCGCUUCAUGAGCGACCACUACCUGGAGGUGCUGCGCGAGCCCGCCGUCUUCGGCCGCCUGUCCGGUGCGGAGCGCGAUCUGCUGCUGCGCCGCCGUUUGUGCGCGGGUCGCGCCUGCCUGCUGGCCGCCGCGCUCGGGCUGGCCGGGGAGCGCUCUGGCAGUCGUCCGCAGAGCCCGUCGGGGGACGCGGAGGCGCGCGGGGACGCAGCCAUCUACUGCUAUCACUCGGCGGCUGGAGAGUGGCGCGAGCUGACGCGCCUGCCCGAGGGCGCACCGGCGCGGGGCUGCGGCCUCUGCGUCCUCUUCAACUACCUCUUCGUGGCCGGGGGCGUGGCGCCUGCGGGCCCAGACGGCCGAGCGCGACCUUCCGACCAGGUCUUCUGCUACAACCCAGCCACCGACAGCUGGAGCACUGUGAGGCCGCUGCGCCAGGCACGCUCGCAGGUGCAGCUGCUGGCUCUGGACGGGCACCUGUACGCCGUGGGUGGGGAGUGUCUGCUCAGCGUGGAGCGCUAUGACCCGCGCGCAGACCGCUGGAGUGCCGUGGCCCCACUACCCCGAGGCGCCUUCGCCGUGGCACAUGAGGCCGCCACCUGCAACGGCGAGAUCUACGUGUCUGGGGGUUCCCUCUUCUACCGCCUGCUCAAGUACGAUCCCCGGAGGGAUGAGUGGCAGGAGUGUCCGUGCAACAGCAGCAGAGAGCGCUCCGCUGACAUGGUGGCCCUGGACGGCUUCCUCUAUCGCUUCGACCUCAGUGGGAGCCGGGGAGACAUGCAAGCCGCUGUCGGGCCUGCUGGAGGGGUCAGCGUCUUCCGCUACCACUGCCUGGCUAAGCAGUGGAGCCAGUGCGCCGCUCACCUGCGGCCACCAGGCUCUCCCGCAGGCCUGCAGCCCUUCCGCUGCGCUGCCCUGGAUGGCACCAUCUAUUGCGUGAACCGUAUGGGCACUUGGCGCUUUGUGCCUUCGCAGGACACCGAGUCUGGCAGCAGCGACGUGGGACCCGGUGGCAGCUUUGAGCCCGAGCCCCUCGGAGCCCCCUUGGAUGUCAGGGGGGUACUUUUCCCCUUUGUGCUCAAUCUGCCAGAGAAGCCAGACCGCGGGGAGCAAGAUGGGGCUUAGGGUGAGGUCAACUUGGCAUCUCCUCCUUUAGGCAGCUGUGGAGCCAAAGAAGCAGUCUCCAUCAGCUGUGGUCUCAAUGGGAAGGGGAGGACGAUGGGGGGGGGCACAGGAAAGGAGGGAGAGGGUAGGAUGGGCUGCUGGCCACGCUACAUCAUGCAAAUGCUUUGAAAGCAGGAGCUUUGCUAGCCCUAAAGAUAUUUUUACUGCAAUGUUUUAAGCACCGCUUCCCCGCUCUGGAUUCCUUUUUGCUUCCCUUUUAGUGGGGUCUAUGGCAUAAGGUGUAGGACUGGUGCAAAUAAGAGAGCACGGUGAAUGAGGGAGACGUGGAGGCUACAGAUGAAGGCAAGGUCAGGGUGGCCUCAGGUGUCAGGGUGGAUACAGGUGUAGUAGGGUGAGGAGGGAUUUCUUCCUCCCUCCAAAUUUGUGCCUACACAGUUCUCUUCUCACCAGUGACAAGGCCCCUGACCAAAGUGGUCCAUAAAGUAGGCUGGAUUGUAGUUUAAAAUUAUAACUGAGAAAUUAAAAUCUUGGUGACUUACUUAAAAUUGGUUCCACCGUGUGCUCAAGUUUUGUGAGGCUCCACUGCAGAAAAAAAUAAAAGGUAAUUUUCCAGGCAUAGAAGGUAAAAUCUUUGAUGACCAAUAUGGCUUCUAGCCCCCAAAGCAUUGGAAAUGUUCCCUGUGCCAAACUAGACACAUAGCUGGGCCAUGUGGCCUUGAGCCGGGCCUCUACUGUCUGGGUGGAGCUCUGUUAUCUAGGAAGAGGGCCUUACUUAGUAAAGAGAGUGGUGAUUUACUGUCAUCUGGAUUUUAAGUCUUGGAUGAGAAAAAUGUUAGCAGGCAGCACACAGGCAAGGCAAAGGUAUGUUCUGCUUUAAAAGGACCCUGUGACAGCUGCUGGGCAUAUUCAUACACUUGCCUGUUUUAGGAUGAAGGAACUAAAAGGGAAUUCUGUUCCUAAAAUGAGAACAUUAAAACUUGAAACAUAAAAGUGCCAGUUGUAGAAGCAAAUGGUGCAGGAGCACUUUCAAGCCUCUCCUUGGUCAUAUCUUCUCUCAUUCUGAUGAGGGAGAUUAACUUUUAUGGUCUUCAGUCUAACAUGAGGGAGCUUGUGGAGAAAUGUGACAAGGAAAAAAGACAUGUAUAGUGAAUUUAGUUUAUAAAGUAAGUGACAUUUAUCUAAUUGUAAGCUCAAAAAAAUCCCAUGUAUAAUGGGCAGGAGACUCACUACUUUGACAAGGUCAAAAAUCAUUUUCCCUCUCAUUUUAGCAUGAUUGACUUUUCAAAUAUGAACAUGCGGAGCUUCCUGUUUACUUAAAGCAUUUAAGGACCAAAUCCAUCCUCACAAACCGAUUUGGAUUCCAGAUCCAACCCAUUUCUUUAUUAACAAUACUAGGAUAUAUGGAAUGUUACUGGAACAGAGUUAGAUAAAGUUGUGCAUUUGUCCCUAACACAAUCUGCUUGCUAACCCAGGGUUGGAGAGUGGGUAAUGGAAAUAGGUUAAUCAGUUUAGAGUUUGUGGUUCUGACAGGUCCAGUGAAGUGUGCUUAGAAAUGAUUGAAUCUCAUGCAUGACCCAGGGGAAUGGAAUUUAUGGUUAUUGCUCACAUGCAUUCUGGUGGCUAUGUGUUCAUGAUUACUCAUAAACCAAGAUGUCUUGGUGACUUGGUUAAUCAUAAAAAAGAAAAACAAAUUUCAUAUAGCCUGGCUUAUUUUUUUAUAGGUGUGUACUGGAGAAACAGUAGUAGAAGAAAUGCUAUAGCAGAGGCAAUGGAUAAUGUACAUUUUAUAUAUGGUACAUUUUUCUCUAGAAGAUUAUUACUAGUGCUAAAAUUUUUAUAUGAAACGGGUCCAUAUUUUCACUUAAGUAUCAGAUUCAUAAACGCUGUCACUGUGAUUUUUGCCUGCGAAGUUAUUCUUGUGAUACUUACUAUUGAAAUUGGGCCUCUGGAGUGACAUUUCCCCCCAAGAGCAUAGAGUGCUGGGAGUCAGGGGUGGGCAGCCAUAUGCAGCCCUGUGCCCAGCUGUGUAUUAGUUCUUCAUUUCCCAUAAUGAAGGAGGUCCCACACCAGACCAGAUGGGGGCACCUUCCUGUGGAGAUUGGCACAUUCUCUUAUCACACAGUAUACACAGGAAACUCAAAGAACAAGUCAAAGGAUGAAUACAUUAAUUCAAGAGUCAUUAAUGGAUGUAUGGCCAUUUGUUUGGAAAACAUAGAAUCGUAUUUGUCCUAUUUCUAAAUAGGAAUAUUAUCUGAAAACAGAUGCCAGAGGGCCUGAUAGGUCAUUAUAUGAAUGGUGAGUUUUGCUCUUGAGGGUUGGUUUCUAGGGGUGUAAGCCAAGGGUACCACCAAUCCAACAAAUGGGUAUUGAUUGGGGGAAUAGUGUUAGAUUGGCCUUCAUUGUAUGAUCUUGAGAUAGAGCCUUUCAUAUUCCACAUAGCAUCCUGAGUCAGAAAUAUCUCCAUUUAGGAAAUAUAGUCUUGACCAUCAGUUACAAGAGUCAAAUGAGGCUAAUGUGCUUGGGACAUCAUCUGCAGUACUCAGAAAAUUAACCCUUGCACGCUGGCAUUGCCAAGUAUUUGAAAGAGCAGUGAGUGCCAUUUUAAGGGGAAAGUGUGACACAUAUAAAAACCCGGCCCUUUGGUGACAUGCAAUGACAGUCAUAUUGUCAAAGUUCACUUGGAACUCAAGGCAACAAGCUAAGUAUUUCUUUUCAUUCUGUUUUGCACUUUGGCAUGAGACAAGCCCCACACUUGGUGUUGACUCCUGGCAGCCUCAUGUUCUUGGAACCUCAUGAUUCAAUUUCGGAGGAAAUUAUUAAUGGCAAAUGUUUCUUUAAAAAGUGAAUUCUGUGGAAAUUUUGUUUACUACUAAGUUAAAAUUCUUAUCUAUGUCAGUUUUGCUACACAUAUAUAGGGAAUAAAUUACUGCUCCAUUUCUAUUAGUUUCUGGCUUCCCUUUAGUAACUUUGGUGGCAGCUGUGUAACGUUGAUCACCGAGGAAACUUGCUAUCUGGUGAUUUUGAAAUUGAAUGUCUUUAAGGGUCUGCUCCUUUCUGCCAAAGUCAAGGUAGACUCUGGACAUGGUCUUACAGGUGAAUGUAAGCCAGAGUGCUAGUCUAUGUUGUGUUUUAUUUCAUAUGCUUCCUUAAAAUUUUAUUUUGGGAGUAUUUCUUAACUAACCCCCUUUUGUGGUAUACUGGCCUGAGCUAAAAGUUGGACAUGUGCACGUAUUCUAGUUGCAUCUGAAUUUAUUUCAGCAUCCACAUUUAUGCUCUUAUUCCCCAUAUCCAUAAAGAGGUCUGGACCAUGUGAGGCUGAAGGACCACUCAGGAGACAGGUCCUGGAAGCAGCUUUGCAUGGCUCUGUUGAGCAUUUUGAAGUCACAGUCUAGAUGUGUCCUAAUGUGAGGUCGAAACUUCCCCAAUGCUUGGUAAAGCUCUUACUAGUACCACUAGCUAGUACUCACAUGCUGCCAUCUACUAAAGAAGAGUUACACCUGUCUAAGGCAGAGUCAGGCCAACUGUUACCCAGUACGCAGCUCUGUUACUAAUGUUGAGUUUUAAAAUCCUAGGCAUAAAUACUGUAUGUAAAAGCUGUGUGUUUGUCACCUAUGCCAAGAUGAAAUAAACCAUGUGGAAACUA